AUGGAGGAGUCGUCAAGUUACUCAUUUGUCGGUUUCCCUAUAGACCCCAGCGUCACGGAGGCGCUCUGCGCAGACGGGCAGACGGCCGCAGCCUCGUCUGUCGCUGAGCAGGGAAUCUCCGUGGAGCGUUUCUUUGAGGAGUGUCACGAUGCGGGAGUCAAGGUAUUUUCCGAGCCAGAUUUCGACAAGGGAUCAUUCAUUGGGUCGGGCGCGACUAUGCUGGUAUACAAAGCUGUCUGGAGGGAUAGGUGUCAAAAGGUGGCUUUGAAAUAUUUCCAAGCGCCCCUGACGAGCAGGUACUUCGACACCAAAGCCCAGUCUGAUGCGCAUCGCAGACUGCUGGAAGCGUCCAUGCUUGAGCUGCGGGUCUUGACGGCCGAGCCUCUCAAGUGGCACGAGAAUAUCGCAAAACUUCUCGGCGUUUCGUGGCACCUCAGUGGUAGCACAAUCAGUCCUAUACUCGUUAUGGAACUUGCUUGCGAGGAACACCCAACACUGGCCAACUUCAUGACGACACCAAGACCGACCAGUGUACGGUUAGAGCUGAUCCGGGAUGUCCUGGAAGGCCUUUCUGCGCUCCACGCAAUGACCAUCGUCCACGGGGACAUCAAGCCUGGAAACAUUCUCAUAUUUUCGUCUCCAUCGUCUGCCACCGGAUUCAGCGCUCGACUCUCCGACUUUGGCUUCUGUCGGCCGGCGGCAGACUAUAAGUGGGGAGCCGGGGGGACGCCGUAUUGGAAUGCCCCCGAAUGCCUGUCAGGCGCCCCUUCAGCCCUGAAGACAGAAUCUCUCAAAAAUGCGCGAGAUAUAUAUAGCUUCGGCCUCCUGAUUUGUUACAUACUCACAGGGGAUGUGCCCUUUGGUUGCGCGGCAACGGAAGAUCCAACACGGUUGAAGUUGGACGAUCAGGCUACGGCACUCAUAUCAGGGUCACUCCAGGGCGCCAGUGCUCCUUUACCAGAAAACCUCAUUGGAAUUGUUGGUCGUAUGGUCUCGCUCCAACCCGCGGCCCGGCCACUGGUUGAUGAGAUCAGAACAGUGUUGAGUGCGCUUACUAGCGAAAGAGCCGCUGCUCCAGUUCCCCAAGAGUAUUCUUUGGAUGCAGUAAGGGUGGCCUCGAGCGUAAUGCAUACUCGGUUCAAUGGGCUUGGUCGCGGAGUGGGCGAUUUCGGGAGUAGUCGCACCCUAGAUCGGGCUCUCCCCCGAGACCUUCAGGAUGCUCUUUACAAGACGAUCAUUGGAGUUGCAGAUACCGGAAAUAGCCAAGACCGAGCCGUAGCGGCGAACAGGCUCGGCGUGUUCCUGCUCCAUGGCUUCGGAACCCUGAAGAACUUCCGGCCAGCAUUCGAAUGGUUCUACAAGGCAGCCAAACUAGGUUCCCUCGAGGCCAAGAAAAUGGUCUACCGCAUGGAGCGGGCGGCCGAAACGUUACCCGAGCGUGUCAAGGCCGAUCUCACCAGAGACAAGAGAGCCAGCUGGAUAAUUGAUAUCAUAAUGGGCGAGGCCAAAACCUCAAACUACAAUCGCAGGCUGGCUCCAGAAGGGCUGGAUCCCGAGGCCGUGAACGAGAGGAUUCGUCAAGUACUCGUUUCGGCCAAUCCGUACACUGUCCAGCAUGGGCUCAUCCGCGAUAUGGAGCACAAUACUGUGCGGAUACCGAUGCGCCGCCGCACCUUUGACCCUCUUGCCGCCGAGACGGAGAAGCAAGUCCAUGCCGCGGCCGCUUCUGUACCAAUACAUGCCGAAGCCCUCCAGUGUACGUUUGCCGACGAUGCCGAAGCUCUGGGCGACAUCUUGAGCAACCAUACAGUCCCUACCUCCUUUCUAAACCGGUUGGUUACAGUCGCCUCUGGCCGAUGCUGCAACAGGGUCCUGAAAACCAUCUGCGUCAAGUAUGGUGCUGAUCCAGACUACAUUGACCAACCCAGUGGACGGCAAUGGUGCCCAGUAUUUGUAGCCGCAAUGGACAACGACCUCACCACGGUCACAACUCUGUUGAACUGUGGUGCUGAUGCCAGACCACUUCUGGCCCUAGCACCUCGCAUAAUUUCGGAAUCCAGCUAUGGAAUGGCGGGCGUACUUGUCGAUAUGUAUGACACAGAGACUGCCCACCAACUCCUAGACGGACUGCAGCUCGCCAUGGACUCGCCGGGCUACACCAGAGAGGAGAUGCCUCUAGACAACACCAACCCGCCUCCCUUGUUCAAGGAGGUCAUGCUCAAUUGCCUCGAACAUCUCCAUUCGCUUCUCCUUUGGGGGGCCAACCCCAACGUUCGCUUUAACGGGUGGACGGCCGUGCAUCUCGCGGUCAAGAUGCUUCACCCCAGUGCCUUGCUUUUCCUCCUCGCAUUCGGGGCAGAUCCUAACGCCCGGUGUUCACGGGAGGGUUACACGACCCCUCUACACACUCUGAGCGAAGUUCGGAUCAGAAUGCUGGAUGGCGAUGGAAAAGAGGUUAAGAUGGUAGACUUUCUGCUCCGGCCCUAUAAGCCGCUACCACUUCGGAUAGGCAGCGACGAGCUGCUCCAUCGCCAAGCACUCAUUGUGCACAUCCUGCUACAGUUUGGGGCCGACCCCUCGCUUUGCUGCGUCGACGGCUUCACGCCCCUUAUGACCUCGCUUGUGUCUCCCUCCCCUGACGCGACAGCGCUUACGGGCGUUUUGCUGCAGUCCGGUGUACCGCUAGGGGACCGCAGUUUCAGGGGUGAGACUGUGCUUCAUCUGUGUGCCUCACUAUGCGACUGUGUGCAUCUUGAACAGUUUCUCCGUCUCGGGGCCAAGUCCAUCAUUGAUUCCAAGGAUAGGUCGGGCUGCACGCCGCUCUUCCUUGCUUGCCUGCAAGACGAGUCCAGAGAUGUUGUUAAGGCCCUACUUGACAAUGGGGCGGAUAUACUCAUAAGGGGAACGCGAAACAUGAGUCCCUUGGACGCAGCCAUGCUUACGGCAGACCCUGGUACACUUCAGGAGGUCUUCGAGCACCUGUCCACACUCCCUGAAGAGUCGAUGACGAUGCUCUGCUCUGGAACAAGCGACGACGGCCGCACCGUGCUUCAUUACUGUCUCUCGUGCCCGGAAAUUUCUGUCUCGACUGGAGCUUUCCGCCGCCUCAUAGCCCUAAUUCCGUUGGACCUCACAAAGUCGCUAAUAACACGACCCGACGCGAAGGGAUGUACUCCAUGGCAACUAGCAUGUACGGGGAACAGAACAGUGUGCGAGAUCAUUUCAUCCUUCGUCGGCGUCAUCAACAUCGCAUACGAUCCCUCUGCGGGCCUCGCCGACACUGUCUUGUGCACCGUCGAAGAUAUCUCCAAUAGCAGACAGGAGUGUCUGGAAACAAUUGAAGGCGACAGAAAUACAAGAAUGGCCGAGUUGGAAAAUGUUGGCUUGGAUCGGGGCCUCGAGCCUGUGGAAGCAUCCUAUCAAGCUGAAUUGGAUGAAGCUAUCCGAUCUGAGGGAGAGCAUAGCCGGGAAGCGACCUGGCGAAUGAACACUUUAGGCACUGUCCAUGAACGAUACGGUCGGCUGAAGAGAGCGCAAGAGGUGUACUACCAGGGAUGGAAAAUGUCGAUGCGAGUCUCUGGCCCCACCAGUCCCCUGACGCAAGAUUUUGCGUCCAAGAUAGUUCGCGUACUGGGGGAUCGCGGCGCCGAGAACGAGCUUCUGGAUGUGGUAGAGUGGCACGCCCGUCACGGAGUAGAUACCAUCACCGGGGGUAUUGUCCAGGACAACCAAGCGAGACAUGAAAGUAAUACACGUCCUCCACUGAUAGGAGGUGUAAAGGACACCACCGUCGCGGGUCUACCGGAGUCGCAGGUCUGUUCCAGGAAGGGCUGCACCAAGCCGCCGCGGAUAGUCUGCCAUGGAUGCAAAUAUGCAAGCUACUGCUCUGAAAAUUGCAAGGUACAAGAUAUCGUCGACCCGGCGGUCCAACAUCUCUCCGCCUGCUUCCCAACCGAGCAGGUCGGGAUGUCCCAGACCGUCACCGUCCAGAGUCGGAGUCUACAAGACCCUGACACGCGCAAGCUCGUGCAGUUGGUUUGGGAGAAGUUCCAUGAGCCCAGACAUCGCCCAGCGCCACCAGCACCGCCCGUGGUGCGCGUGACGAUGGGCACGUUGACUCCACGCUUCUUCAACAAGCCGGUCCGGUUCCACCUACCGCCCAACAGCCUCAUGGUUUUCCUCAACACUCAUCUCUACGAGGUCCGGUACGAAAUGAAGUCGAAGAGCCCAUGGGCCAGAUUAACUGGCCUCACGUCCUAUCUCGAGAUGCACGCCGCCAUCCGCCCAAUUCCUGAGGCGGUCGAGGCUGCAGCACGAGAGGCAGAGGCCCAAGGCGGUGCGGAGCUGACUAUAUGGUUCGAGGUUGGUUUCGACUUCGACCUCGAAGGGUACUUUGAAGGGCAAUCUUGA